AAUCGUGAACUGGGCUGGACAAGCGGACUCUCUUUCUCACUGAGAACUGAGAAAACUUUGCUCUACUACUGUAAGUUGACCAGCACACAGACGUCUGCGCUCAUCAGCAACUGAGGAAAACAAAUUAAAUGUGACAUGUUUAUGAGUGUAUAAUACUUUCGCCGCGGAAAUCCUGUGAUCUAGUGUUUAAAAACACACGGACUGUAACCCGGAGCACUUUAUCGUGAAGAUGGGAAGGUUCCUUUUAGCAAGGCUUAUUUGAUGGAUUUUGGGAUGAUGGCUUUAUAAUACCCCAGAUUCAAAAAAGAAGAUUUGCUUUGUCGGUGGAGAACCAUGGGUCCCCUAACCACACCUAAAAAAGGAAGGGAAGUGGGUUCUGUUGAUCCCUGGACGCCGACAUCUAACCUUAAGAUGCUCAUCAGUGCUGCUAGUCCUGACAUCAGGAACCGAGAGAAGGAGCUAUGCAUGGACCAUGGAGGACAGGAAGGUCUUGACGCCAUACAGGACACUGAACAUGGAGAAUCUGAGAAAAUGAGCAGAAAAGAGAAGAGUCUUGGUUUACUUUGUCACAAGUUCCUCGCCCGAUAUCCAGAUUAUCCAAACCCUGCCCUCAACAACGACAUCUGCUUAGAUGAUGUGGCCACUGAACUCAAUGUGGAGCGCCGGCGCAUCUAUGACAUCAUGAAUGUACUGGAGAGUCUGCACAUGGUGAGCCGUUCUGCAAAGAACCGUUACAUAUGGCACGGCCGCUCCAAAAUGGCUCAGACACUAGCCAUUUUGAAGCAGGUGGGUGAGGAGCACCGGUACAGUCAGCAGAUGCAGCAGAUCCAACAACGACUCCUCGACAUUGAUAGUGAAGAGAAGGAGAACACUGAGGCGGUGGAUUUGGAGAACGAGGAGCAGGGACAGAAGGAGCUUUUCUUCGUGGAACUUCCAGGAGUAGAGUUCAAAGCAGCCUCUGUUAACAGUCGGAAGGACAAAUCUCUGCGGGUGAUGAGCCAGAAGUUCGUCAUGCUCUUUCUAGUGUCUAAUUCUCGUGUGGUCAGUUUGGAUGUGGCUGCGAAGAUCCUGAUUGGUGAGGACCAGGAUGCAGAUCCAGACAAGAACAAGUUCAAGACCAAAGUGCGCCGGCUCUAUGAUAUUGCUAAUGUGCUGCGAAGCCUCAAGCUCAUUGAGAAAGUUCAUGUGACAGACAAGAGAGGAAGGAAACCGGCAUUUGAAUGGGUUGGUCCUGUAGAAUUCCCACAGAUCAAAGACUUGGAGAGUUUUACGUCUGAAUGCCCAUCCAAGAAGAAACAUGUCCUGGAGUCACGUGCGUGUGUAGAUAACUGUGCCAAAAAACUCUUUACAUCACCCGGAGCCAAACGCAGUUUCACCCGACACCCCUCCCUCGUAAAGCUGGCAAAGAGCAUUCAGGACGACAGACGCAAGAUAAACUCAGCUCCCAGCAGUCCUGUCAAGAAUUCCUUCAGUGAUUCAUCAAACUCUGAUUUCCCAAACAAAAUGGCCCAACUUGCUGCCAUUUGUAAGAUUCAGCUUGACCAGGAGUCUGUGACUAAAGCUAAUGAUCCAAAACCUGCUCCCGCUGAAGUGGGCACAACAGCCUCUAAUUCAGUGGAACUGCUUCAGGCAGCGUUACUAACGCCUACCCAGGAUUUUACAGACAACACUACUGUCCACCUCACCCCACACACCCAGCCCACAGGCUCUGUGGCUUACUUUCCUGCACAGUGUUCACCCAUGAUCCCUGUCCUGUUACCUCAGCAGCGUGGGAGCAUUCCCUAUGCCAUUUAUCUGCAACCUUCCCUCAGGACAAACUCUCUGGCCAGGCCGCAGCCGACCAGCCUCGCUGUGCGCUCCAUGACCUUUGAGGACAAGACUGGGCAGAGCCCAACGAUCAAGUCUGCCAACAAGGAAUCAGACAGCAACCCCUUCAUGUUUAAACGGCUACGUUCAGACUCUGCCUCAGAAAGCAGCCCCUCCAAAACCAAGAGGACUGACCCCAACUUUAAGGACACUUCUCCAAAGCUGUGCGAGAUCCUCCAGGCUCGCUUUAAGGCCCAUCGCAGCCACCCGCUCUCCUGCCGGCCCUCACCACGUGCCCUCCACCUUGACCCAGAGUUUGUAAACACACCUGGUGGUGCCGUGGUCAAUCAGACACUUGAGCAGAGCUUAGAGACAUUCCUGGACAGAGAAGACAAGGCGGUCAACUCCGACAGUGAGGCAGGAUUGACGCCAGUCAGAGCCGUACCCCUCACAUCUGGACAGCUGCAAACUGAGACUUUAGUGCCAGCUGGAUACCUAAUUCCAAUCUCCCAACAGUCGCUCAUCAGCUAUAAGGAAAGUAAAGGUUCAGGGGGAGAAAGUAACAAAGCCUCAACUCCCACUUACAGCAUUUACCAAACACCAACUGCAGGCUCCAGACCUGCUGCCUCAGCUCAGGAGAUCACACCCACCAACCUUCGCCUUUACAAACCCACUGCUGCUACUGACUCUCCACACAUCACCCAGCAGGCUCACCACCUCCACAGCCCCAGUCCUGCCAUCCUCAACUUCACACUGCAGAACCUGGGCCUGAUCUCUGGAUCCAGUCCAGGAAAUGCCUUUGCUACCCCUCAGACACCAGAGCGCACCAACGGUCUGGCCAGUCCACUGGCUCUGCAGCAGAGAGGCAUGGUUUUCAUCAAGCCAGUGUCUCCUGUGCCUGUCCAACAGUCUGUGUCUCCCCACCCAGUCACCCUGAUCACUUUACAACAGCCUGUGAUGACGACCCCCAAAGGGACUGCACUCCCCCACAGCUUCUUUCAGACACCAGUCCCCGUCUCGCCUUUGGCCGCCAUGGUAACCACAGGUGGACAUGCUGCCACUAAAACAGUUUAUAUCCCUCAGAGAAAGCUGGACGUCGCCACUGCGGACUCCUAAUGGGCCUGAGGGAAACCCACAGAUGACUGUUAACUGUGUGUAUGAUUGUUGUGUUGGUGACAUGUUACAAUAUGCAUUACCUCUGAACAUUUCACAGCAGCCUCCCUGCCUUCAUCCUUAUCACUGUCUGUUCUAAACAUAGUUGCCAGACACUGGCUGUGGCCCAGUGGAUACAUGGAAAUCACAUUUCUAACCAAGUACAUCAGAUACUCAUGAACACUAUUGUUCUGCUCAUUGUGAAAAAGAAGGAGCAGAGUCAGUUUCCAUGUUUGCGUUUUUGAUGUUAUACCUGCUAUUUCAGGUUUCCUUCAAAUUACCAAGAGUAGUAAAAGCUAAAUCUAAGAACAUUUAAUCCCAGUGUAAUAGAAUAUUUUUAGCUGAAAUACAAGUUUGAUUCGAAACAAAUUGAUAAUUUUGUAAAACCGAACAAAAUUUCUUUUGCACAUGUUAACUGUUGCCCCUUUAAAAAGAAAUGGAGUUGUUGAGAAUAUGUGAAUAUCUGUGAUUCAUUGUGAGACUAAUUAAACAUUUUGGUAAGUUUAAUUUAUAAGAAAAAUACUUUACUAAAUGUAAAAAUGCUAAAUAAAUUUUAAUCUUUCUUU